AACCUCGCUUCAGUACGAAGAAUUCAACAAUAACAAGUCUCCAAGUAAUUAACAGGACGAUGUUGUUCGCCUUAUUUGUCGUUCUUGGUUGCGUUUCUGUGAUCAGAUCAGAAACUUGUUUUGGUCAGAAGGAAAUUUCACUUAUAUCAAAUAUAGAGUCCACUUUGAAUACUUUGAAAAACAGUUUGAAAGGAAAAUCCGCUGGGUGUCCAUCGGGAUGGAAGGAGUACAAGAAUCAUUGCUAUUAUACUUCGCCUGACACCAAAACUUGGAAUAAAGCUGAGAAACUAUGCAGACAGAUGGGUGGGUAUCUAGCACAGAUUACAGAUUCUGCCGAAGAUGCCUGGGUUGUAAACAUGCUGAGAAAAGCGGUCCAGCAUCCCGCUGGCUAUUGGAUGGGGGCAGAAGACUUUAACGACGGGAAAUGGAGAUGGAUCAAUGACGCGUCUAAAAUUCACUAUUCCCAUUGGAAUCGUUAUGAACCAAGCAAUAGUGGAGGUGUAGAGCAUUGUGCUCACUUUUGGCGAUAUGCAAGUUAUAGAUGGAACGAUGCUCCCUGCUAUAAUAGUAAUGGUAUGGGCUACAUUUGUGAAAAAAUGAAGUGAUCCCGAUGUCUUCUCGACUCAAAACUGAUGAAACCUUGACAAGAAGAAAGUGAAACUGCUUUGCAAUGUAUAAAAUCAAAAAAUAAAAAUUGAAAAA